AUGAUAUCUUCCUUGACAAUUGCUACCUUUCAGGGUAGCUUUGGUAGCUCCUUAUUGAAGGAGGUGAUUCAAACAAAAUCUGCUAAAAAUAUUGCAGUGUCCCCAUUAGCUGUGGAGACAUGCCUUGCUAUGAUUCGCAUGGGAGCUGAGGGAGAAACAGCACAAAAUUUAGACCAAGUUUUGAAUAACACAAGUAAAGACUUCAGUUUCAUAAUUGAUACAUACCACAACGAAUUAAAAAAGUAUACGAGUAGCAAUGUUUUAAAACUGGCCAACAAAAUGUAUGUCAUAAAUAAACAUCCCAUAAAUAAAGACUUUGAGGCAAUACUCUCCAGCCAAUUCUUUACAAAUGUGGAGAAUAUAGAUUUUAAAAAAACAAAGGAGACUGCUGAGACAAUAAAUCAUUGGGUCGACUCAAAAACUGGAAACGCAAUAGCAGAUUUAGAGGAGAAUUUAAAACCCACCACAGAUUUGCUGCUUGUGAGCACAGUGAAUUUUAAUGGCAAAUGGAAAACGGAAUUCAAUGAGAAAUGGACCAAACCCGAUAAAUUCUACAUAGAUGAGAAUGAUAACUACAUAAUGUUACCCAUGAUGAAAGUUCGUUCAUAUUUCCGUUAUGGCAGACAGUCGGCAAUGAAUGCUGGUGCGAUAUUGUUGCCAUAUCAGGAUUCUGGUCUAUCAAUGUUGAUUGUGGUGCCAUUCCGUGCCGAUGGUUUAGAUAAAGUUCUGAAUACAAUGAAGUCGUUGGAUAUGCCAUCAUUUGUUGCAAACAGUGUCUUUCAAAGAAAGAGAAUUGAAUUUCGUAUGCCGAAAUUUAAGGUGGAAUUUAGUGGCAAUUUAAGUGAGAGCCUAAAGAAGAUGGGUUUAACAAAAAUAUUCGAAAGUGGAGAUUUUGGUCAAAUGCUGGCGUCCUCCGAACCCUUAGCCGUCACCGAAAUAAUUCAUCAAACAACCAUUGAAGUUGGCGAGGCAGGAAAUCCAGCUCCUCCUGCAUCAACUGCAGACCAUUAUAGCCGUAAUAACCCGUUCUUCAGGUUUAGCGCCGAUGGACCAUUUUAUUAUGCGAUUUUGAAUAAGGAUUUUGUACCUUUAAUUGAGGGAGUAUUUGUUGGAAAAUAA